AUGUCCGACCAGAAACCGGAUCUCGCCUCCCUACACUCGUGUCCGCCUCCCUACACUCAUGUCCGCCUCCCUUCACUCGUUUCCGCCACCCAUCACUCAUUGAGGCCUCCCUUCACUCAUUUCCGCAUCCCUUCACUCAGUACCGCCUCCCUUCACUCUAUUCCGCCUCCCUUCACUCAAUUCCGCCUCCCUUCACUCAUUUCCGCCUCCCUUCACUCGUUUCCGCCUCCCAUCACUCGUUUCCGCCUCCUUUCACUCAAUUCCGCCUCCCUUCACUCAUUGCCGCCUCCCUUCACUCAUUUCCGCCUCCCUUCACUCAUUUCCGCCUCCCUUCACUCAUUUCCGCCUCCCUUCACUCAUUUCCGCCUCCCUUCACUCAUUUCCGCCUCCCUUCACUCAUUUCCGCCUCCCUUCACUCAUUUCCGCCUCCCUUCACUCAUUUCCGCCUCCCUUCACUCAUUUCCGCCUCCCUUCACUCAUUUCCGCCUCCCUUCACUCAUUUCCGCCUCCCUUCACUCAUUAUCGCCUCCCUUCGGUCGCUUGCGCAUCCCAUCACUCGUAUCCGCCCCCCUUCACUCAAUUCCGCCACUCAUCGUCCCUCAAUCUUAUCCCUCAUCUCUGCCAUAUCCCCCCCAUAGCUCCCUCCUUCCCCUCACUCCCGUUCUAGCCUCUCCCAUCUGCGCGCUUCUCCCCAUUCGACACGCUUCCUCCCCCCUCUGUCCCUUAUUCGCCCCCCUUGCUAUCCUCUUGGCCCGCCCUGCCCCUCAUGCUUACCUUCCCUCCCUCCCCUCACCUCCCUCCCUGUCCACAGGCAAGCAACCCUCUCUCAACCACCCCAGUCGAGAUCCAAAAAUCGCGACACCGCCUCCGUUCUCUCCCGGACUGGAACGCUCACGGAAGAACAAUGACGAACGGUCACGAGAAUUCCAACUGCUUAUCGAGGAAGACCCGAUCUGGCGGACCAAUACG